GCAAAAUUAGUUUUGCACAAUUUAGAGAGAUCUAUCCUAUCUCACAUCUAUCGCAACAGUAUCGAGAGAGUGAUCAAUUGUGAAGAACAGUUUCGCUGAAACGGUUGAUAAACACAUGUACUAUGAAAGAAAGGAAAGCUAUCGAUUUUGCACGUCAAUGAUUGUCAGUCAUUUUGAUUAGGAUAAAGAAUCGUUCUCAGGAGCCGAGGCUCUCGCUGUGAAAUUCCUAGCGUGAUUGCUCGUGAAAGGAACGCGUCUCCUGCGGACCUCCUCUCUCUCUCUCCACCCGGGCGUUUAAUUAGCGUCCUCGAUCGCGUAGAAAGGAGGAACUAGCUUAGGUGCCCGGACCUUUCGACGUCACACGGCGAGAGCCGACCGGCGGGAGAUCGAAGAGGGGCGAGAGGAUGUUGCUGAGGUAACACGACAUUUCGAGGCCGCACGAGAAGUACGAUAAUCGCAGCGCGGGAAGGUGUCGAUCGCAGCAGGCGCAUAAAGGAAGGAUCGAAGAGUGGCGGAAGGAUGGGUUUUCCCAGGAGAAGGUCGCUGUGGCUGAAGGUGGCGGUACUAGCAACCGCCGUGUGGGUGACCGUCUGUUUCCUGCUCUAUACGGAGGAUCGGGCGGCGGCGGCUGCCGUUCAGGGAUUGGCACCGUCGGGCGUCGCGAUGCCGCAACAAGCGGCCAAUGGCUUUGUACCACCCGCGGCGCCGUUUAGAAAAGAGUCGACUGGUAAUGCUAUUAACAACAGGGCGAAGAUCAAUCAAGUCGGCCUAAAGCAAGAUUCUAUAGGUGGUGGAGUGUUGGAUAUACCACGGGAACCGGAUACUGCUGCACCCGGUGAGAUGGGCAGACCCGUGAUAUUGCCGGCCAACAUGUCCGCGCAGACGAAGAAGCUGGUGGACGAUGGCUGGCUCAAUAACGCGUUUAAUCAGUACGUCAGUGAUUUAAUCUCUGUGCACAGAUCUUUGCCCGAUCCACGCGAUCAGUGGUGUAAGGAAUCUGGUAGGUACUUGAAGGAUCUUCCGCCUACAGCAGUAAUUAUUUGCUUCCACAACGAAGCUUGGUCUGUGUUGUUGCGUACAGUGCACUCCGUGCUGGAUAGAUCACCAGAACAUCUCAUACAGGAAAUCAUUCUGGUCGAUGAUUUCUCCGACAUGCCUCAUCUCAAGCGCCAAUUGGAAGACUAUAUGAUGAAUUAUCCAAAAGUGAGAAUUAUUAGGGCGAAUAAACGUGAGGGCCUUAUCAGGGCGCGCUUGUUAGGCGCUGCGGCGGCCAAAGCUCCGGUCCUCACGUAUCUGGAUAGCCAUUGUGAAUGUACGGAGGGCUGGCUGGAACCUCUUCUGGAUCGGAUCGCGCGCGAUCCGACGACGGUAGUUUGUCCGGUGAUCGAUGUUAUAGACGACACUACCCUGGAAUACCACUGGCGCGACUCGAGCGGUGUAAAUGUCGGUGGAUUCGAUUGGAAUCUCCAGUUCAAUUGGCACGCGGUACCAGAGAGGGAGAGAAAGAGGCACAAAAACCCGGCCGAACCCGUUUGGUCACCAACGAUGGCUGGCGGCCUCUUUUCAAUAGACCGAGUCUUCUUCGAACGGAUCGGCACAUACGAUAGCGGCUUCGACAUAUGGGGCGGCGAGAAUCUUGAAUUAUCAUUUAAAACCUGGAUGUGCGGAGGCACCCUGGAAAUCGUGCCGUGCUCGCACGUGGGUCACAUCUUCAGGAAACGUUCGCCUUACAAGUGGCGCAACGGCGUGAACGUGCUCAAGAGGAACAGCAUAAGACUGAGUGAAGUGUGGCUGGACGAGUACGCCAAGUACUACUAUCAGAGGAUAGGUCACGACAAGGGGAACUACGGCGACAUAUCGGAGCGAAAAGCUCUUAGGAAGAAACUGGGGUGCAAGUCGUUCAAGUGGUACCUGGACAACGUUUACCCGGAACUCUUUAUUCCGGGCGAGGCAGUCGCCUCCGGAGAGGUCCGAAACCUCGGCGAAGGCGGUAACACCUGUCUGGACUCGCCCGCUCGCAAGGCCGAUUUGCACAAACCGUGCGGAUUGUAUCCCUGUCAUCGACAGGGUGGAAAUCAGAUACGACAAGUUACUAGCGGAAUGUGUAUAGAUUCAUCAGGGAAAAUCGAAGACCUACAUCAGCCAGUGGGCAUGUAUCCCUGUCACCGUCAAGGCGGCAAUCAGUACUGGAUGCUCAGUAAGACGGGCGAAAUCCGUCGAGACGAGUCGUGCUUGGACUACAGCGGCAGCGACGUUAUUCUCUAUCCUUGUCAUGGCAGUAAAGGAAAUCAACAAUGGAUAUACAAUCCUCAAACUAAUCAUAUCAGGCACGGCAGCAGCGACAAAUGUCUGGCGAUUACAGAGAGCAAGCAACAACUGGUGAUGGAAGAAUGCUCGCCCAAUGCCCUGAGACAGCGAUGGUCCUUCGAGAAUUACGAUCCAUCGAAGCUGUGAUACCGCGCCUUUUCGCGUCGUCAUUCCCACAAUCGCAAUCACGCUUCUGAUCGCGCCGGAUCUUGGCUACCAGGGAAACGGUUCUCAAUCGCCAAGACCCGCUUUGGUAGAUAAAUCUCACGAAUUCCGCAAGACAUUGCGAAAAUUCCUGCGGAACCGCUCGGAAUCGCUUGAUGGACCAACUUAAACUACACGCGUUUUCUCAAGGAACGAGAACGAAAGAGUCCAUCAUCGACUUCUCAUCGACGAUGAGCUUGAAAUGUGUGAAAUAAAAGAUCGAUCGAUGCAACGAAACGUUUGCGAGAACAAUAUACUUUGAGAAUUUUGUACUCGAGAAACUGCAUUUAAUUAGAAUAAGUUCCGAGCACUGUAUGGCGCUCGAAUCGAUUAUGAUUUGAGUUUCAUAUAUUGAUAGCCCUAAGUACUAAGAGUAUUACGAGAAAUUAGCUCGAACGUGAUCGUGUACGAACGUGAUUGUAUCGACCAUCGAAAUAGCUCUCGAUCAUCACUUUCGUUCAUUGAUCAUUCGCGCUUCCAUGAGGAUCAAAAGGGAAGCGGGAUGCUUGAUACUGUCGUAGAAACGACACGUUGUGUCGAUCUUAGCGAGCGAAUCGUUGAGUAUAACGAGUAGCAAAUUAUUUCCCUUUCUGUCUCUAUACUACGGCAAUUUCAAGAACAAACUGCAGAAUGUUUUCGACGAGUUUGAACGCGGCCGUUAUCCUUUAGAAAAAUCAAGUGCCAAAUUUCAAAUAUUCCCAUCUUAAGCUUGCUAUAACCGAGGACGAACUCCUACAAAAUAGUGAACCUACAUUGCCGUUAAUGAAAACACGUAAUGUUUGCGUGUACCGAAUGAUUUCAGAAGAUUGUAUUAGACGAUAUCUGCGCAAUCAUGCCCUUCUGCUAACUCUUGGAGUGCCAUGUGCGGAUUUGAGGGAAAACCGUCAAGAGAAUUAUAGCUCCCUUAAUGCAAAUUGCGUUUGAACAAUUUGCAUUGUUCUCGUGCAACGGCCCAUGAGAUAGCAUGCAUCUUAUA